CUACAAUCUGUGCAGUUAAAUUUGGAACUUCUCCAAACAAGGUUUAGACAAAAGCAGCUUGAAAAAACGUAUCGCGGGAACUCGCCGGGAAGGGAGUUUUUGGUCCCAAGAAUCAAGUUCCGGAAAUCAGGCUGAAAACCAGUCCCCCUUUAAUUUGCCUUCAACACUCAGCACUCCGCGGCCGGUCCGCACUGGGAAGCAAAAUCCAUACCUUCCCCGGCUUCCAGACCUACAAAGCUUAACAUGCCUUCGUUUCCUCAGCCUGGUUCCGUCACCAUCUGUGAAAUCAAUCGAGACCUCAUUACCGCGGAGAACCUGUCGGACGAUGGAGCCAAGGACACUUACGGCAAAAUUCUUGGAAUGGUAUUCAGCCCGGUUCCGUUUCAGUCCGAUCAAACUGCGCCGGCGAGCUUCGAGCAGGACACAGAACAACAAGAAGGAAGGAUAACCUCUGAUAGGGCCCAGAGAAAGGGUUUAGUGGAAACAUUGCAGGGAAUUUUCAAUCGCUCCAUCAAAUGCCUCUUUCAUCCUAAUGAUGUAAACUUGUUGCCGGAGGUUGAUCUUCAUGGAGUAAGCUGGCACCAACAUAAGCAUAUUAUUGCUUUUGUAUCUGGGCCGAAUCAAGUUAUAGUUCGUGACUAUGAGGAUUCAGAAGGGAAGGAUCCCUGCAUACUAACCAAUGAGUUGCAAAGAGAUGUUAAAGUACUUGAGUGGAGGCCAAAUGGCGGGAAGAUGCUGUCUGUAGCAUGCAAGGGUGGAGUUUGCAUUUGGGCUGCUUCUUACCCAGGCAAUGCAGCAUCUGUGAGAUCUGGUGCUGCUUCCUUCUUGGGAACCAUCUCUAGAGGCUCUGGAGGGCAAUAUAUUCUGGUGGAUUUUCUUCGAAAUCCUAGCGAUGAACAGAUUAGUGCACUCUCAUGGAGUCCAGAUGGAAGAUAUUUGGCAUCUGCCUCUUACGAGAGCUCAGCAUUUACCAUAUGGGAUGUUGCUCAAGGUGUGGGGACACCCAUUCGACGGGGAUUAGGGGGUAUUUCAAUGAUGAAAUGGUCGCCUACUGGAGAUUACUUUUUUGCUGCAAAAUUUGAUGGAACAUUUUGUCUUUGGGAGACAAACACAUGGACAUCUGAAACAUGGUCUUCAACUAGCGGAUUUGUCACGGGGGCAACUUGGGAUCCUGAUGGGCGUAUGAUACUAAUUGCUUUCUCAGAGUCGUCAACAUUGGGAUCUAUACACUUUGCAUCAAAGCCUCCAUCAUUAGAUGCACACCUAUUACCAGUUGAUUUGCCAGAGAUACUAUCCUUGACAGGCAGUCAGGGCAUCGAGAAGAUAGCCUGGGAUGCUUCAGGAGAGCGACUGGGUGUAUCUUACAAAGGUGGAGAUGAACUAUACAGGGGUCUGAUCGCCAUAUAUGAUACUAGAAGGACUCCCCUGGUUUCCGCAUCACUAAUUGGGUUCAUUAGAGGACCUGGAGACCAUCCAAAGCCAAUAGCAUUUUCAUUUCACGACAAGUUUAAGCAGGGGCCGCUGCUUUCUGUGUGUUGGAGCAGUGGAUUUUGCUGUACCUACCCUCUUAUAUUUCGUUCUCAUGCUAUUCCCUAGUGUUGAUCCUGUUUGAAUGCUGUCUUGUCUGUGUAGUUUGCAAUGCAAGAAAGAGGAGUGUUUGUAUGAUACUCUGACUCUGUAGGAGAGUAUUAUUUGGUUUAGCUUUUGGGAAAUACUUGUUGUUUUGCUGGCGCUGGGUGUUUGUUAAAUGUUAAUAGAUGAGCAUCCAUUUCAGUUGGUUGGUUUCAACUGAAACAAGGACUUUCUAAUAAUAGAUUAUACCAUCCUCACUC